CCCCGGGCGCGCGCGGUGGCUGGGUCGCCCCGGGCAGAUCGCGGAGCUGCCCUAGGGAACCGCUGAGACGAGCUGCCGGAGGGAGCCGGCCCAGCAUGGACGACCCCGCGGCGCCAGGGCCCGUCGGCUCGCCCGCAAAUGACAACGGCAACGGCAAUGGCAACGGCAACGGCAACGGCGGCAAAGGGAAACCGGGUGCGCCCAAGGGCCGGGAAGCAUUCCGCAGCCAGCGGCGGGAGUCGGAGGGCUCUGUGGACUGCCCUACUCUGGAGUUUGAAUAUGGAGAUGCAGACGGGCAUGCAGCAGAGUUGUCAGAAUUAUACAGCUACACAGAGAACCUGGAAUUUACCACUAACAGGAGGUGCUUUGAAGAAGAUUUCAAGACUCAAGUGCAAGACACUAAGGAAUGGCUGGAGUUGGAAGAAGAUGCCCAAAAGACUUACGUGAUGGGACUUCUGGACCGACUGGAGGUGGUCAGUAGGGAACAGCGGCUUAAGGUGGCCCGGGCUGUUCUCUAUCUAGCCCAAGGCACUUUUGGGGAAUGUGAUUCAGAGGUCGAUGUGCUACACUGGUCCAGAUACAACUGCUUCCUGCUCUAUCAGAUGGGAACCUUCUCAGCCUUCCUGGAGCUACUCCACAUGGAAAUCGACAACAGCCAGGCCUCUAGUAGUGCCCUUCGGAAACCAGCUGUCUCCAUUGCUGACAGCACUGAGCUCAGGGUGCUGCUGAGUGUCAUGUACCUAAUGGUGGAAAAUAUCCGCCUGGAGCGAGAAAUAGACCCCUGUGGGUGGAGGACAGCCCGAGAGACCUUCCGAACUGAAUUAAGCUUUCCCACACAUAAUGAAGAGCCUUUUGCCCUCCUGCUCUUUUCCAUGGUUACCAAAUUCUGCAGUGGCCUGGCCCCUCACUUUCCAAUAAAGAAGGUUCUGCUUCUGCUCUGGAAGGUGGUUAUGUUUACACUUGGUGGAUUUGAGCACCUGCAGGCUCUCAAAAUACAGAAGCGUGCAGAGUUGGGCCUGCCUCCAUUAGCUGAAGACAGUAUCCAGGUGGUAAAGAGCAUGCGUGCUGCCUCCCCGCCUUCUUACACUCUUGAUCUGGGGGAAUCUCAGCUGGCCCCUCCACCCUCCAAGCUGCGGGGCCGCCGUGGUUCUCGAAGGCAACUCCUCACCAAGCAAGACAGCCUGGACAUCUACAAUGAAAGGGACCUCUUCAAGACUGAGGAACCAGCCGCAGAGGAAGACGAAGAGUCUGUAGGUGAUGGGGAGCGAACCUUGGACGGAGAGCUAGACCUACUAGAGCAGGAUCCGCUGGUGCCGCCUCCACCCCCACAGACACCUCUCUCUACUGACCGGGUAGCCUUCCCCAAGGGCCUUCCCUGGGCCCCAAAGGUCAGACAGAAGGACAUUGAACACUUCUUGGAGAUGAGCAGAAAUAAAUUCAUUGGAUUCACCCUGGGGCAGGACACAGAUACCUUGGUUGGAUUACCUCGCCCCAUCCACGAGAGUGUGAAGACCCUAAAGCAGCACAAGUAUAUCUCCAUUGCAGAUAUACAGAUCAAGAAUGAAGAGGAGCUAGAGAAAUGCCCCAUGUCUUUGGGAGAAGAGGUGGUACCAGAAACACCAUGUGAAAUCCUCUACCAGGGCAUGCUGUACAGCCUCCCUCAGUACAUGAUUGCUCUGCUUAAGAUUCUGCUGGCUGCAGCCCCCACCUCCAAGGCUAAGACAGACUCUAUCAAUAUCCUGGCAGAUGUCCUGCCUGAAGAGAUGCCCAUAACUGUUCUCCAGAGCAUGAAGCUGGGCAUUGACGUGAACAGACACAAGGAGAUCAUUGUAAAGAGUAUCUCUGCCCUGCUCCUUCUCCUUCUCAAACACUUCAAACUCAACCAUAUCUACCAGUUUGAAUAUGUGUCACAACAUUUAGUGUUUGCCAACUGCAUCCCCUUGAUCCUGAAGUUCUUCAAUCAAAAUAUCCUGUCCUAUAUCACUGCCAAAAAUAGCAUUUCGGUGCUGGAUUACCCGUGCUGUACCAUCCAGGAUUUGCCAGAGCUUACUACCGAGAGUCUGGAAGCUGGAGACAAUAGUCAAUUCUGCUGGAGGAACCUCUUUUCCUGCAUCAACCUCCUGAGACUUCUCAAUAAACUGACCAAAUGGAAGCAUUCCAGGACCAUGAUGCUGGUGGUCUUUAAAUCAGCUCCAAUCUUAAAGCGAGCCCUCAAAGUCAAGCAGGCCAUGCUACAACUCUAUGUCUUGAAGCUACUAAAGAUACAGACCAAGUACCUUGGGCGCCAGUGGAGGAAAAGCAAUAUGAAGACUAUGUCGGCCAUUUACCAAAAAGUGCGCCACCGCAUGAAUGAUGAUUGGGCUUAUGGGAAUGAUAUUGAUGCCAGGCCUUGGGACUUCCAAGCAGAAGAAUGUACCCUGAGGGCCAACAUUGAGGCUUUUAACAGCCGCCGGUAUGAUAAACCGCAGGACUCAGAAUUUUCACCUGUGGAUAACUGCUUGCAGAGUGUGCUGGGGCAGAGGUUGGAUCUGCCUGAAGAUUUCCAUUAUUCCUAUGAGCUCUGGCUGGAGAGAGAGGUGUUUUCACAGCCCAUCUGUUGGGAGGAGCUGCUCCAGAAUCACUAAGCUCUUGUCACAAAGCAUCUGAUAGAUGGAGGUUGGCUCCAAUAAAUACGCUUUGCCUGUCCUGCCCCAUCAACCUUCAUACUGAGCUCUAGAGUGUGUGUCAAUGAGAUUUCCAGCCCAGCAUCCAGCAGAGACAUCCAGCAUAGUUUAGGGCUAUUCUGGAUGCCAUUGCACUAAGCUCAGCUAGGCACCUAGUUGGCUUUGAAAUCUCUUUUUGGAUCAGUCCUAGACAGGCUCUUUGAUGGAACCUGCUUUAAUCUUGCCUAGAACAAGGCUAGCCUUUGUUGGCCACAAUAGUGAAAGGAAAUCUCUUAUGGCAUUUGACCUAUGACCUUCAUCUCAAGCAAUGGAAUAGGUACAUAAGGACAUUUUCUUCUUGCUCACUUUAAAUACCCAAAACUUAUCAUUUAGCAAACCAACUUUAGACUGUAUUUCAUGUUUUAAUUUUGACACUUACCUCUUUAUAAAAUAAUCAUUAGCUCUAAGAUGAUUUGAGAGCACCACACCUUUAUAAAGGAUGAUUGUUUCCAAAACACUGCAUGUUAUAGAAAAAUGUAUUGUGUAGUAUUUUUUUCCUUAAGAGAUCUGUGUUCAAUGUAAAAAAUAUUUCCUGUGUAUUCUGUAUAAUGCACUGAAUGUUUUGCCAUUUGGAAAGAACCACAACUAAUGUGAAAUAAUGUGGCUUUCUCUAAAAAUAUCUCUAAUUUUUCAUAAAUUACUUGUUUUAAAAUGGCUACAUACACUGCAGAAAUUUUCUAAUAUAAUCUUCUUUUGAGCGAGGAGUAGUGUUAUUUGAGACAGGAUCUGGCUAUGUAACCCUGACUAGGCUAGAACUUACUAUAUAGCCAGGCUGGCCUUGAACUUGUAAUGAUCCUCCUGCC